GGGGCGCGCGUAAAAGAGCGAGCACAGCUGUCAGCACCAAGGACAGCUCUCCGCCGCGAGCGUCGCAUCAGCUCUCAAGCAGAACAACAGCCGACGGACAGAGAGGCGCACGAUACGCGACGCAUCACAUAUUUUUGCUGUCGGGCUUUGUGCGUCUUGCGCUCUCCGUUAGUCUGUAAAAUCAGUUUAUAGAGGAAAUGCUGCAAUGAAGGCAGUGGUCUCGGUGUACAGAGCAAAUGCCAUUGGAUAAAUGCGCGGCUAGAACCAGGGACCAUGCACAUAUCGCCGCAGUGUAAGUGAAUUUUGCACCGGGGAUUUUUUAAAUCUAGGCAAUUUUGUUGUUUCUCCAGUAAAGAGAAGGUGAGGUGCUAUCCGAGGGUGCAUCUCUACCACCCUCCAGCAGCACUAAAAGGGAACGGCGGUGGAUCGGUGCGCUUUUAUUUGCCGUUCACACGAUGCGUCUGCUUCUGUUAGUCGCGUUUUUCUCCUGCUUCUGCGUGCGGGGCGGCUGCGAACCCAAGAUUGUGAACAUCGGGGCCGUCCUGAGCCAGAAGAGAUACGAGCAGGUGUUUAAAGAUGCCGUCACCCAGGCGAACCAGGUGUACGGACGGGAUAAAUUCAAGUUGACCGCCAUCUCUGUCACUCACAAAGCCAACGCCAUUCAGAUGGCGCUGUCGGUGUGCGAGGAUCUUAUUUCCAGUCAGGUGUACGCCAUCCUUGUAAGCCAUCCACCACAAUCUAAUGACCAUCUCACUCCCACGCCAGUGUCCUACACUGCGGGAUUCUACAGGAUCCCUGUAGUGGGGCUCACCACCAGGAUGUCCAUUUAUUCAGACAAGAGCAUCCAUCUCUCAUUCCUGCGUACAGUGCCACCCUACUCUCACCAGGCACAGGUGUGGUUUGACAUGAUGCGCGAGUUUCGCUGGAAUCACAUCAUUCUAAUCGUCAGUGACGACCACGAAGGCCGUGCUGCGCAGAAAAGACUAGAAACGCUGCUGGAGGAGCGAGAAACCAAGAAUAAAAAAAGGAACUAUGAGAACCAAGACCAACUGUAUGACAACAAAAGAGGACCUAAGGCCGAGAAAGUGCUUCAGUUCAACCAGGAGACUAACUUGACCGCUCUGCUCCUGGAGGCCAAAGAGCUGGAGGCCCGAGUGAUCAUUCUGUCUGCCAGUGAGGAAGACGCAGCCGCCGUGUACAAAACAGCACGCUUUCUCAACAUGACAGGCUCAGGCUACGUGUGGCUGGUGGGGGAGCGCGAGAUGUCCGGUAAAGCUUUGAGCGAGGCCCCUGACGGCCUGAUCGGCCUCCAGCUUAUCAACGGCAAGAAUGAAUCUGCGCACAUCAGCGACGCCGUUGCAGUCGUAGCCCAAUCCAUCCAAGAGCUCUUCGAGAAAGAAAACAUCACGGAACCGCCGAGGGGCUGCGUGGGCAACACCAACAUCUGGAAAACUGGGCCACUCUUUAAAAGGGUAUUGAUGUCAUCGAAGUACCCGGAGGGCCUGACGGGACGUGUUGAGUUUAAUGACGACGGCGACAGAAAAUACGCUCAUUACAGCAUUCUGAACUACCAGAAGACUAGACUGAUUCAAGUUGGCAUUUACAACGGAACACAGGUAGUGAUGAACAAACAGAGGAAGAUCAUUUGGCCGGGAGGUGAAACCGAGAGACCGAGAGGAUUCCAAAUGUCUACUCGCUUAAAGAUUGUGACCAUUCAUCAGGAACCCUUUGUGUAUGUAAAACCAACCACGUUGGAGGGAACCUGCAAGGAAGAGUACACACCGAAUGGAGUCUUAAUAAAAAAGGUGAUCUGCACUGGACCAAAUGAGACCAUCCCAGGACGCCCAAUAGUACCCCAGUGUUGCUACGGAUUUUGCGUUGAUCUCUUGAUCAAGUUGGCGAUGACCAUGAACUUCACCUACGAAGUACACCUGGUGGCAGAUGGUAAAUUCGGAACUCAGGAAAGAGUGAAUAACAGUAACAAGAAGGAAUGGAAUGGCAUGAUGGGAGAGCUCCUGGGUGGCUUGGCCGACAUGAUUGUAGCUCCGUUGACAAUUAAUAAAGAACGAGCCCAGUACAUCGAAUUCUCCAAACCUUUCAAAUAUCAGGGACUCACUAUUCUUGUUAAAAAGGAAAUUCCCCGCAGUACGCUGGACUCGUUUAUGCAGCCAUUCCAGAGCACACUGUGGCUACUGGUGGGUCUAUCGGUGCAUGUGGUGGCGGUGAUGCUUUACCUACUAGACCGAUUCAGCCCAUUUGGAAGGUUUAAAGUAAACAGCGAAGAAGAAGAAGAAGACGCCCUCACCUUAUCUUCCGCUAUGUGGUUCUCCUGGGGAGUCUUGUUGAACUCUGGAAUCGGAGAAGGUGCCCCGCGUAGUUUUUCAGCAAGAAUCUUGGGAAUGGUGUGGGCCGGCUUCGCUAUGAUAAUAGUUGCAUCCUAUACUGCCAACCUGGCUGCCUUCCUGGUGUUGGAUCGGCCUGAGGAACGCAUCACCGGCAUCAAUGACCCGAGGCUGAGGAACCCAUCAGACAAGUUCAUCUAUGCCACAGUAAAGCAGAGCUCGGUGGAUAUUUACUUCCGCCGUCAAGUUGAGCUGAGCACCAUGUACCGCCACAUGGAGAAGCACAACUACGAGAGCGCGGCGGAAGCCAUUCAGGCUGUCCGGGACAACAAGCUGCAUGCUUUCAUCUGGGACUCUGCGGUGCUGGAGUUUGAAGCCUCGCAGAAGUGCGACCUGGUGACCACGGGAGAGCUGUUUUUCCGUUCGGGCUUUGGCAUAGGCAUGCGCAAGGACAGCCCCUGGAAACAGAAUGUGUCCCUGGCUAUUCUCAGUUCCCAUGAGAAUGGCUUCAUGGAGGACCUUGAUAAAACCUGGGUGAGAUACCAGGAGUGUGACUCAAGAAGCAAUGCCCCAGCCACACUCACUUUUGAAAAUAUGGCAGGUGUCUUCAUGCUUGUCGCUGGUGGCAUUGCGGCCGGAAUCUUCUUAAUCUUCAUUGAGAUCGCAUAUAAGCGCCAUAAAGACGCCCGCAGGAAGCAGAUGCAGCUAGCCUUUGCGGCCGUCAACGUUUGGAGGAAGAACUUACAGCCCUCUUCCUCUGUAGAGACUCAGGAUGAUAGGAAAAGUGGUAGAACAGACAGCGACCCAAAAAAGAAACCCUCUUUUAGGUCCAUCAGUACCAACCUGGCCUCCAGCAUCAAGAGACGUAGGUCCUCCAAAGACACGCAAUUCCCACCAACAGACAUUACGGGCCAACUCAACUUGUCUGACCCGUCUGUCAGCACGGUGGUGUGAGAGAGGGAGAGUUUUCAAAACACCUGUUCAUUCUUUAAAGACGAUGGAACUAGAGAGGAGAAUUGUUGUCCGACUCCUAGGUUUACACAGUGGAUUCAUCACGGACGAGAACGGAGCCACUUCACCUUUGUGAGGAGCCAACAUAUCUCCACAUCUAUUGCGAAACCUGUCAGGACAGAAUGGCUAACUGCAGGGGACGGCACCGCGGCACAUACUCACAGCUUCGUGCUAAACUUAGUCUAUUUUAUCUAAGUUGUAGUUUACCAAGUUGUAUAUAUUCUUUAUGAUUAUUAACAGUGUAGUGAUUCUUCUUAUGUUAAGUGGAUUACGUAUUACAGUAUCAUUUCAUUCUUAGAGCGAAGAACAAAAUAAUCUCAAGGUCAAUUCUGAGGCCAGUAUUCAACAAGCAAACUAGCUGUUAUAGUUAUAAGAUUUAUUGUAUUCAUUCUUUACACACGACUUUGAAAAGUUAUAUAUUUAUGUACUUUCAACAGACUUUGUCUUAUUAUAAUCGUUUUUAAUAAUUUAUCAAAUCUAGUUUAUGAAGCGGUACGUCAGCCAUGACAGAAAUUACCUGUGAUGUUUAAAAAAAAAUUGCCCAUAAGCCAUGUCACUUUUUUUAGAAAAUCAACCCUUUUGCAUGUAAUGUGCAUGCAAAGUAUCCCCCAAAGCCUAUGGAGAACAAAUAUGUGCACAUCUAUGAGAGAAAAACAUUUUUAUUAAUGCUGUUAAUGUCAGAUCUUGGACUUUUGAAGUGGAUUAGUGUAUACUGCACGCCACAUUAAACUCUCCUUCAAACACAAAAAGAAUUCUUCCUCUGUAAAGUCGUCGAGCAGCGGUUCUCAGCUUCAGUCAGCAGGGUGCAUCAAGGGGCCGAGUUUUUCCAUCCAACUAGCACUUGGCUUCCCGUGCAAAACAUCUCUACGUCAACCCCCCCCCCCCGACCUUAGAGACCUUUUACACGAGGAAACCCCAAGUGUGCUGCUUUGUUUUCGAAUCUGGUGCUGCAGUUUUGUAUACACCCAUUGGUUAGAUGUAAAAACUGGCCGUUUCCCAAGUUCUGAGGUUGAGAAACAUUGACAAAGCUGCUCGGACUGCUUACUGUAAAUGAUCACUCAUUGCUAUCUAUUUGUGACCUGUAAAACUCCCCUGCAAGAGAGAUAUCUCAUCGAGCAUUUUAAUGAGAAUAGAAGCUUUAUUAUGCAUAUGAAAUGAUGCAGUUUGCAAAAUGUUGAUUGUAUUUAUACUUGACAUGAAUAUUCACAUUUGUAAAUGCGGAACUGUUAAAAUUGUUAACUGUUUAAAUUGAACAAAACACACUUUUUGUUUGUUUAUUUGUUUGUUUUAUACAGAUUCCAAAUAUCAAUUGUGUUAGACAUGAUGAUCUGUUUCUGUUGAGCACUUUAACAAGUUAAAUUUACUAUGAACAUAAACUAUGUUUUCCCAUUGCUUGGAUCAAUGGUUUGUACUCAAGAAACUGGUUUGUACUCAAGAGGCACAAUGUCUUAAAGUCUACCUGACAUGUUCGGGUGUGUGUUGCAUCAGUGUAUGCUGCUUGAAUUACUCGACUGUCAUGUGAUUUUGAGAAAAUGUUGAUAAAAGGGAGCGUUUUGUGUGAGAAUCACAUUGUAAAUGACUAUAAUUGCAUCACACACCCACAUGCAUCAACACACACACAUACACUAAGCAUUAGUCUUAUUUAAAUGAGCGCUAUAGUUGAGAUAUUUCCUGAAAUACAACACACAAUGUUUGCAUUUUGACAAGAAUAUAUAUAACUCAGAUUUCUGUGCCAAUAAAAUUGUGCCAACUGCAGA